GAUCAGUAUUUAGAAUAGUAAUUCAAUUUACGUAAAAUUGUAGCUUUUUUUUUCUUCUCAAUUUCGACAUUUUCAUUUAUAAAAUUGCCACAAUUAGUAAAUGUUCGGUACAUUGUAUUUGACCAUAAUAAUUUGCGAACAGUAAACGCAGCUUUUGAGUUUACCGGCAGUGCGAAAAUAUAGCAAGCUACGAAACAAUCUGUGACCGCUUUGUUUAUGAAAACACGGAAAUGGACUGACACUGACAGUCAAAGUGGCACAUUUUGUAUUUAUUAUUUAAGUUUUUAAAUUUCAUAAACACUAUUUAAUGUUUUAUUAAUAAUCACACAUUUUUAAAACGAGCAUAUGAUAAAUCAAAAUUACACAGGCGUGUGAUCAUUCCAUUUGGUAAAGAAAAUGAGAAAAUAAAUAUUUAUAGUUGAACUUGGCGGGACAUUGUCAGCAAUGGUGAAAACUGAAAGUGCCGCAAACAGCGAAGUAAACCAGAUGUCUGACACUCCACCAGAACCGUUUAAUAUCCAGGCGAUAGACAAAGCGUCGGUUCACCGGAUCUGUUCCGGACAAGUUGUGCUGACAUUGGCCACAGCCGUUAAGGAGCUGGUUGAGAACAGUAUCGACGCCGGGGCAACGUCUGUUGAUGUGAAGCUCAAGGAAUAUGGGAGUGAGUCGAUUGAAGUCGGUGACAAUGGGUGUGGUGUAGAAGAAAAGAAUUUCAGUGGGCUUACACUGAAGCACCACACAUCCAAGAUUGCUGAUUUCUCCGAUGUUGCCACGGUCGAGACGUUUGGGUUUCGUGGAGAAGCCCUUUCAUCUCUCUGUGCCCUAAGUAAUAUGUCUGUGGUGACAUGCCAUAAGAGCCAAUCUGUAGGGACCAAGUUGGAGUUUAAUCAGCAUGGAACCAUCACCUGUAAGACACCAAGUCCCAGACAGACGGGAACAACCGUUGUAUUACAGAACCUGUUCUACACGCUUCCAGUGAGACACAAAGAGUUUCACCGCAAUCUCAAGAAGGAGUUUGCCAAGAUGGUGCAGGUGUUAAAUGCUUACUGCCUGAUAACGACAGGUGCUCGAAUCACCUGCACCAACCAGGUGGGCAAAGGGAAUCGGUCUGUUGUUGUGUCUACUAAAGGGAAUUCGACUAUAAAAGAAAACAUUGCUAAUAUUUUUGGACCGAAACAAGUUCAGAGUUUAUUGGAGUUCAAACAGACAGAAGCCUCAGAAGAAGUUUGUUCCUGGUUUGGCGUGAAGCCUAGAAACAAUGGGGAACAGCUUUUUAGAAUUGAAGGGUUUGUGUCAAAAUGUGAACAUGGUCAAGGUCGUAGCAGCUCCGAUCGUCAGUUUGUCUUUAUAAACAAGAGGCCGUGUGACUCUUCUAAGAUCUUGCGACUGAUAAACGAGGUGUACCACAGCUACAACAGACACCAGCAUCCAUUUGUUGUUCUUCACAUCACCAUGGCAAAGGAAUCUGUUGAUGUUAAUGUGACCCCAGACAAAAGACAGAUCUUCAUGCAGGAGGAGAAAUUGUUGCUGGCAACAUUGAAGACCUCUCUGGUGAAGUUGUAUGAGCCAACAACUUCCUGUCUUAGAAUCAACCAGGUGGAAUCGACAGUGAAACGUGGGGAAGACUUGAGUACCCAGGAACCUAGAGGAUUGAUUCAUAGAAGUAAUUCGGAACCAAACACUCAGCAGUCAUCAAGCGGCAUGCUGUCCAGACUGAAAAGAUCUUACUUGAGCGCUUUUGACAAACAAGAACACACAAACAAUACUGAAAGUCCUAAAGAAAGAAAGAUCGACAGCUGGGUUUUAUCAAAACACCACAGUCUUCCUACCUCCAAACCUGAGUCUUCCAUCAAAAUGUUCUUCAAGUCAUCAACUCCACAGAAACAUUUCUCUUAUAGUGAAGAACAGAAUCCUGUCUCCAUUUCCUGUAGUAAAGAAGGAUCUUCAGUUUCUAUUGACAUCACAACUUCUACAAGUAUUGGCAGUGAUCUAGUGACUUCCUCACUUUCAAAUCAUGUAAUCUCUGACUAUGAUGAUUCUAGGACAUCCAGCAGUUCACAGAAUGAUAUGAAGUGCAUAGAAGAAAAAUCCCCCACACUUUCAGAGUCUUCAGGUUUUGGUUCGGUUUCUCCAGAGUUCAACAGUAAGGUGGCUGCAGUUGGUUUAGUUUGUCCAGAGUUCAGCAGUAAGGUGGCAACAGUUGGUUAUUCUGGUGAUGAGGCGAGGUUUAAUGAGAUUGUCUCAUGCAAGUCAGACCAAGAAUCCGUACUGUCAAGUCAGGAAUCUGUACCACUAUCUGAUGUGUUCAGUCAGGAGUCUGUACCACCAUGUGAUUUGUCCAGUCAGGAAUUGGUACCAUCAUGUAAUGUGUCCAGUCAGGAAUCCAUCCCUUCUCAGUCCUCAUCCAUAUCUGACGUUCAAAAGGAUGCUUCUUGCUCUGUUUCAUCUCAUCAUACUGACAAUACAGAUGGUUUCCAUGAAGAAUCAGCUUCAUCUUUUACCAUGUGUUCUCGGCCAGAGAUGGAAAAUCAUCCUGUUCUUUGUGUGUCACCUUCUGACUCCGGUGCUCUUGGUGGGGAGGAAAUGACAAACAGAACAAAUGAUGGUAGUUCUGUAAAAAGUCUCAUUUCUGUGGCAGAAUGUGAUGUCACAGUAUGUCAAAAAUAUGAUGAGAAACUAGACUGUAUUAAGAAAGAGAAGACCAUAUCUUUUUCCUUGCACGAUUUGAAACAACGAAGAAGUCAGAAAGUACAAAAUGAAGGAAAGUCAGAAUUUUGUCGGAGUUUUCGAGCCCAGAUUGUUGCCACUGACAACAAGGCAGCUGAAGACGAACUUCAAAAAGAGAUCACAAAGGACAUGUUUCAAGAUAUGGACAUUGUUGGCCAGUUCAAUCUGGGUUUUAUUAUUGCUAAGUCUGGAGAUGAUCUCUUCAUCGUGGACCAGCAUGCGUCGGAUGAGAAAUUUAACUUUGAGAUGUUACAGCGACACACAGUCAUCGACAGCCAGAAACUCAUUUGUCCACAAAAUUUGGAGUUAACUGCCAGCAAUGAAGCCAUUUUAGUGGACAAUUUAGAAAUAUUCAAGAAAAAUGGAUUUGAUUUCCUAAUUGAUGACACUGCAGAGCCAACAAAACGUGUAAAGUUGUUGUCAACUCCAAUCAGUAAGAACUGGCACUUUGGGAAAGAAGAUAUUGAGGAACUGGUGUUUAUGCUAACUGAUUCUCCAGGUGUGAUGUGUCGCCCAUCUCGUGUCCGACAGAUGUUUGCCUCCAGAGCUUGUAGAAAGUCCAUCAUGGUUGGUACGGCUUUGAAGAACUCCCAAAUGAAAAAGCUGCUGUGUCACAUGGGAGAAAUAGAACAGCCUUGGAACUGUCCUCAUGGAAGACCAACAAUGAGACAUCUGAUCAACUUGAAUAUGUUGCCACGGUGAUAGGACAGUGUUUUUACAGAACUGUUACCAAGGUGAUGUGACAAUUCGUACAGAAAUGUUACGACAGUGAUAGGACUGUAUUCACCUACAAACUUGUGUUGCCAAGGUGAUAGGACAAUGUUAUCACAGUGUUCUCUCAGAAGUUACUACGGUAAAACAGCCUAGGGAAGUGUUCUAUCGGAAGUCACAGAAGGAUAUCUGGUGCAGGGCUUCUAGAUUAUGGUAGCCCCACUCCUAUGGUUAGUGAUAUUCAACACUGGGCUAGUAAAUAACUACUGUUGCCAUGCCCUAUGGCUAGUCAAAAAAAGUUGUCAAAUGCUGCAUUUAAGUCUAUUUUGUAAAUAAUGAAUAUCUUGCCCCAAACCCACCACCCAUUCGUAGUGUUUUUAAUUGCUAUCGCCAUCUUUAGGUAACAUAUUGAUUAUUAGCAAAAUUAUAUUAAGUAAAGUAGGGCUAAUUAAUUUUUAAUUGUGGCUAGUGGAUUUUGUAAUAAUUCUAGAAGUCCUGUGGCGAAAUAUGUUGCAAUGGUGACAAGAAAACAUUUAGAGGUAUAAAUAGUACAUCUGAGCAACAGAAGUGUUGCUGACAUAAGGAGACAGCAGUCUAAACCAAUGAACAGGGCAUGUGUAGAGUGUAGGUUCUGGAAGUCAUUAACACUGGUUUGUACAAGACAUUCUUCAGGUAACGGGAUAAUAUUCUCUUGAAGUGUUACCAUGGUGACAGAACAAUGUUCCAAUAAAAACAAAUAUAAACUUGCUUUACUAUGGUGAUAAGUGGAUAUUUUACCAAGAGAAUGGACAGUAUUUUGGGGUUGGGGUUUUUUUAAUAACUUUCCCAUAUACAGCACAUACUACAAAGAUUAAUGUAUAUAUUUAUCUUGUUGACACCUCGGUGAGGUAAAUUAGGAUAAUAAAUUUUAAGUUUUA